ACUUGCAAAACCAAUGACUUUUUAAAAUCUUUGCUAUUUUGGUGUUAAAAACCCAUCAAUUUGAUUUUCUUUUACCGUUGUCAGGGUACUCACACCGAACCCGAGUCAAUCCUGUAGAACUCGGCCACUCAGUCCGGUUCAUAUUCCUUGUCCUCGAAUUCUAAAGAGGCAAGGGUUCAUCUGAGGUUUUAGUCUCCUUCUCUCACCUGAAUUCACUAUCUUGGAGAUUGUUAUUGUUAUCCAUCACAUCUUGUCUAGCUAGCUCGUCUUUUUCACUCCAUGUUUUAGUUUUCAUCUCUCUUAUUAUAUGUGAAUUCAGUCCUUUUUGUUUAUGGAGAUUCUAAAGCCAGUAUCCACCCGAAACCCUCAAACCUUACUUCACUCUAUCACCAAUUCCAUCACAAUUUAUAGAACCAAAAACCCACUCAAUUUCAGAACACCAUUCUUCAAGUUCUUUCUUAAACCCUCUCCAAUUUUAUCGAAUUUCCGACUUCACAGCUCCAGAAACUUGAUAGUUUCAGCUCAUUUCGACAGACCAACCAAGCGCAGGAAAAACCAUCUAAGGAGAAAGCUCAUUGAACAACAGGUGCGUCAGAAUCGUACAAUUAAUCAUGAUUUAGCUUCUAUUCCUGAAAACCCACUUCCUAAAAUUGAUGAUAUCGAUAAUUCCCUGUCAAAUUUGCGGAUUCUUAAUGAUGAUAUUGAUUAUUCCGAGUCAACUCUUGAUUAUGGUAAAGUAUCUGACGGUAUAGAUGCUUCAAAAUCAAAGAAUGUUUUGUGGAAUCAAUUGGAGAGUUGGGCUGAUCAGUACAAGGCUGACACACAGUUUUGGGGUAUCGGGUCUAAUCCUAUAUUUACUGUUUUUCAAGAUUCAAAUGGUAAAGUAGAGAAGGUGGAUGUUAAUGAAGAUGAAAUCUUGAGAAGAAUCCAAAUCAAUCCAUCAAUGUAUAACCUGAAAGAGGUAGAUCAUGUAAAACAAGUGCAAGACAAAAUUUCUCAUGCCAAAUUUUUAGCCAAAGAAAUGGAGAUUGGAAAAAAUGUGCUUCCACCAAAUAGUUCAGUGGCAAAAUUUGUAAAUUCUUUUGGGAAAUCGGGUUUUCGUGAUACUAUUCGAAGUUUUACUGGUAAACCUGGUAUUCUUCCCAAACUUUCUAAAGUUGGGAUAUCAGUUUUUUGUGGUUUUCUUGUAUUUUUGGCCUUGAAGAACUUUUUUAGAAAAGAAAAGGGAGAUAAGGAAGAGUAUUCUAGUUUGGAGAAGGAGAUGUUGAGACGAAAGAUUAAAGCUAGGAUGGCCAAAGAAAAAUCAACAAAGGGUAGUGUGGAAGUUAUUCAAGAUUCUAAGGAGCCAGGAAUGGUGUUUACAGAAAGGCCCCAACUAGAUAAGGAAGAGCUUAUGGACAGCAUUGUGAAGGUAAAGGCAUUGAACAAUAAUUCUAUAGAUUUUGAUGGUAAAAUCCAAGAAAUUAGAGCAAUGGCGAGGCGUGCACGAGAAAUUGAGAAAACAGAUGGUAAAAGAAUUAAUGGGGAAGGUUAUGAAAGUAAGAAGGAUGAACCAAAUAAAAAGGAAGUGAACAGUGUUGAACCCACAUAUUUUGACGUCCCACAAGGUGAUUUCAGUAGAAUUGUAAGUGCAUCAAGUAGUGUAGAGAAGGGCCAUAAAGAAAAUUCUGAUGUUUCAAAAUUGGAAGUUCCAAAUAAUGAUGAAGGUGUUGCACAAGGUCUGGAAGACAAACGGUCGAAGUUAUUAGAUACAGAAAAACUACUUGAGAAGAAAUCAGUUGGAGCAAAAUCAAGGAUUAUUAGUUCUGUCAAGGAAGCAAGAGAAUAUCUUCAUAAGAAAAAAAUUGACAAGAAAGAGAAAAACCAAGAAGCCGAAGUUUCAGACUUUCUUGAAGUUCCUAUGGUUCCAAAGAUGGCUACUAAUGGUGAAAAGUUCGACUUUUCUGGUAGUAGGGAACCAAGUCGAAGCAAGUCUUCAGAAGAUACCAACUUGGGAGAGAAAGGAAAUGCAUUCACCAAGAAUGCUGAUUCGAAGGAUGAGAAAGAAGAAUGUGUUACAGGUAGUGAUGCAAAGGCAGGGGAAUUAGGAAGAGCAAAUCGUGAGAAGUGGAUGGAGGAUAAUUUUCAAGAAUUUGAGCCAAUAGUUGAGAAGAUUAGAGGUGGAUUUAGAAAAAAUUACAUGGUAGCUAGAGAGAAAGUGAAAGAAGAUAUAAAUAUAGUCUCAGAGCUGAAAAUGCUUGAACUUGAUGAAAAUGAAAGUGAAUUUGAAUGGAUGAAAGAUGAGAAGCUUAGAGAAAUUGUGUUCCAGGUACGAGAAAAUGAGCUGAUGGGCCGAGAUCCUUUUCAUCUUAUGGAUGCUGAAGAUAAGGCCUUGUUUUUUAAAGGUCUUAAGGAGAAGGUUGAGAAAGAAAAUGAGAAACUACACGCUCUUCAUGAAUACCUUCAUUCCAAUAUUGAAAACCUUGAUUACGGAGCAGAUGGGAUUAGCUUGUAUGAUCCUCCAGAGAAGAUCAUACCCCGAUGGAAGGGCCCCACACCAGCUACAACAAUGAGCCAAGAGUUUCUUGAUGACUAUUUAGAUCAAAGGAAAGCACUUUUUGCUGAAACCUUGGGGAAUUCGAAUCUUAUAAAGACGGAUCCACAAAAGUUGCCUCAAGAAACCGAUGAAAAAGUUGAAAGUGGGAAUUUGAAAAGUUCAAGGACCGUGAUAGAAGGGAGUGAUGGCUCUACUAAACCUGGCAAGAAAUCGGGGAAAGAAUUUUGGCAGCAUACGAAGAAAUGGUCUCGUGGAUUUAUAGAAUCAUAUAAUGCUGAGAAUGAUCCAGAAACCAAAGCUGUUAUGAAGGAUAUUGGGAAGGACUUGGACAGAUGGAUCACUGAAAAGGAAAUACAAGAAGCUGCCAAUAUAAUGGAUAAGGUUCCUGAUAAAGGAAAAAUAUUCAUUGCUGAGAAAAUCAAUAAGCUCAAAAGGGAAAUGGAGUUGUUUGGACCACAAGCUGUUGUGAGCAAGUAUAGCGAGUAUGGAGAUGAGGAGGAAAUAGACUAUUAUUGGUGGCUUGAUCUCCCAUUUCUACUGUGUAUUGAAUUAUAUAUCGAUGGAGAUGGAGAUCAGAGAAUAGGAUUCUAUUCAUUGGAGAUGGCAUCGGAUCUUGAACUAGAUCCAAAACCACAUCAUAUUAUUGCUUUUGAGGAUGCUGGUGACUGCAAGAAUCUUUGCUAUAUUAUACAGGCUCAUUUGGAAAUGCUUGGAAAUGGCACUGCUUUUGUUGUGCCACAAUCACCAAAGGAUACCUACCAGGAAGCAAGGGCAAAUGGUUUUAAUGUUACAGUUAUAAGAAAAGGAGAGGUAAAACUGGAUGUGGAUCAAACACUAGAAGAGGUGGAGGAAAAAAUUGUUGAGAUGGGGAGCAAGAUGUACCAUGAUAAAAUCAUGAAGGGCCGGAAUGUGGAUAUAGAAUCAAUUAUGAAAGGUGUAUUUGGAAUGAAGAAACCUAGCAAGAGAAGAAGAUCAAGGAAGAAAUUGAAGAAGCCAAGCAAAUGAUGCACGAUAUAAAUGUAUGAUAUCCUCCUAGGCUUUUGCAUCUUGUUUCUUCUGGCAUGCUUGUCAUUCUACUCCCUUUUAUUUAGAGAACAAUGCAUGUACCAGAUUGGUGUUGUCAUUAUGUUGUAGAACUGAAGUUGUUUUCAUUUCAGGAAUGGAUCUUUGUAACCAUGGUUUUGGUGUAAGCAGAGCAGAAAUAGAUGCCAAGUUUUCUUGCUUGCAUCAUGGGGGAUGUGUUUGUAACUUGCCCUUUUUAAAAGGAAAAGUGGAAAUGAACAUAUUUGCAUUUACCAUAACUAUUUAUGGGAUUUUGUUUUUCCA